CAUGCUGGAGGUGUUGAUCAGUGAACUCAAAAACACGCUUGCCAGAACACAAACACACAUCUGACUCAUUCAGACACGGGACUUCUGCUGGAAACUCACCCUUAAGAAGAAGAACUGCACAACUGCCUUGUGUUAUACCGGAUAUCUGCCUUGCUUUGCUGGAUUUGGACACAGUUGGUUGUCUAAGAUGAAGGGGCAUUUUUCCAUCGAGUGGCUUUCUCAAAGCAGCCAGGCCUCGGCAUCAACACUUCCCUCAAACUCUUGGGUCUCUCCCGGCCGGGACGUCCCGAGGACCUCUGGCACGGCAUCUGAGAGCCUUCCUGGCUUCUACAGCAGAUGGAGACCAGAAAACAUGGAGAAUCAGGAGAAACAUAUGGAGCCAGCACAGUCGGGAAACAGUUUGUCUACGCAAGAGACAGAGUCAAAUGACAACAAUAUCAUCCAGCAACACACUCACGCCUCAGAGCCAGGUUUCAGCAGCAGCACAGAGGAGGAGGAGACAUCAGGGUACGAGAGCGAGGGCGGCCCCUCUCUCUCACCUGGGGCCCCUAAAGAACCGGCGCCAUCAGGAUCUCCCUCUACUGGCCGCAGACCCCGAACGGCCUUCACCGCCGAACAAAUCAACAGUCUAGAGAGAGCCUUCAAAAGGAAUGCUUAUCUGGGGGCCCAGGACAAAGCUGAGCUCUGCAAAAGACUAAAUCUGUCUGACAAACAGAUCAGAAACUGGUUCCAGAACCGACGCAUGAAGCUGAAACGGACCGUUCAGGACAGUCUGGCUCACGCCUCGCAUGUGAUGCAUUACUCCGAUCUGCACAGUUUCCGUGCCGCUCCGUAUCCCAGCUACUACCCGGUGGUUCAAGAGAGCCCAGCAUCUUAUGGCCCCGGAUUCCACUACAGCCCUGCUACUUCCGGAGGCCUGUCAACCCUACCUGUGGAGGCCCUGUAUCAGUACAGCACCCUACAGAGCCUUCCUGUCCAUCCCAGCAACCCCUCCAUGAUGAGUCCAUACCAGCCCUUUCACUCACAGUACUACAACACACAGUGAGACGAGACUCAAGUCAAGGCUACACCUUCAAAACAUCGUUGCAUGUGUGAAUGCAGGGUGAAGUGCAAUAAAAAUUUGACAUAUAUAUAUAUAUUUUUCGUUUUGAGGAAUUAUUUAAAUAUGAUUGAAAAGUUCUAUCUCGUUCAUGUCUUUGUGUACAAAAGGAGUGUAUAAAUAAAUCAAUUUCUGUUUGACUACACUGA